AUGUUCACGGGCGUGGUGCUGGCCCUAGUGGCCGUAAUUUUGGUCGCGCGCUCCCGGCUGGUGCCCAGCGGCAACGUGCGGAUCCUCAUCAACGACGACGAGAGCAAGGCCCUCUCCGUUCCAGCCGGAGGCAAGCUGCUCAACGUGCUGGCCGACAACAGGGUCUUCGUAUCUUCGGCCUGCGGCGGCGGCGGCACCUGCGCCCAGUGCAAGGUCAACAUCUACGAGGGUGGUGGCGAUAUCUUGCUUUCCGAGACCGGCCACAUUACCAAGCGCGAGGCGCGCGAGGGCGUGCGGCUCUCCUGUCAGGUCAACGUCAAGCAAGACAUGAAGAUCGAAGUGCCACCCGAAGUAUUCUCGAUCAAGAAGUGGGAGUGCGAAGUCGUCUCCAACGACAACGUGGCGACCUUUAUAAAGGAAUUUAUCGUCAAGCUCCCCGAGGGCGAAACGCUGGAUUUCCAGCCCGGCGGCUUUAUCCAGAUCGAAGUGCCGUCCUUCGAGUGCGACUUCAAGGACUUUGAGGGUAUUGAGGAGCGCUUUCACCCCGAUUGGGACCGCUUCAAGGUCUGGGAUUUCAAAGCCGUCAAUACCGAGCCCGUCUUCCGCGCUUAUUCAAUGGCCAAUCACCCGGCCGAGGGCGACAUCAUCAUGCUCAACAUCCGCAUCGCCACUCCGCCGCCCGACCGCGAGAAGGGUGGCUGGGAGGAUGUGCCGCCCGGCAUCGCCUCUUCUUAUGUGUUCAGCCGCAAGCCGGGCGACAUGGUGACGAUCUCGGGGCCUUUCGGCGAAUUUUUCAUCCAAGAAACCGACCGCGAGAUGGUCUAUAUCGGCGGUGGCGCUGGCAUGGCACCUUUGCGCUCGCAUCUAUACCACCUCUUCCACACGCUCAAGACGGGGCGCAAGGUGUCCUAUUGGUACGGGCGCGCAAUCCCAACGAGGUCUUCUACGAGGACCACUUCCGCAAAAUCGAAGAAGAGUUUCCCAACUUCACCUUCCACAUCGCCAUGUCCGAGCCGCGGCCAGAGGACAAUUGGGACGGCUAUGUGGGCUUUAUUCACCAAGUGGUGCACGACCAUUAUCUCAAGGAUCACUCCGCUCCUGAAGACGUCGAAUAUUACCUGUGCGGCCCGCCGCUGA